AUGUUGAACCUUAGUAUCUCCAAAUCACAGACUAGUAAUCAAAUCCUACUUCCAAAUUACAAGCCCUUUAUCUUGGGUGGUGGAAAUGCUUCUUUUGCAGUCAAUCGGAAGUGUAAGUCAGUAAGAAAACAUGAAAAUGUUCGUGUUGGACGAGGGAGUAGCACGAUAAAGGCAGUGCAAACCUCGAAGGCCGAGAAAUCAACCACCACCACCAGCAGCGUUACAGCUAUCAUUACUGUGCAGCAAACGGUGGGUGGAGCCCUUACUCACUUAGGGCUGAGCAGAGGACUCGAUGAUAUAGGUGACGUUCUCGGCAGAACCCUCCUUAUAGAGCUUGUUGCUGCUGAGCUUGACCCUCACACUGGAUCAGAGAAGCCAAAAAUCAAAGCCUAUGCUCGUAAAAAGGACAGAGAUGGCGAUGAUACACUUUACGAGUCUAGUUUCAAUGUUCCUGAAGAUUUUGGUGAGGUUGGAGCAAUUACCGUAGAGAAUGAACACCACAAAGAAAUGUUCGUGGAAAGUAUUGUCCUCGAUGGGGUAUAUGGUGGUCCAAUCAAUGUCACUUGUAAUUCAUGGGUUCAUUCCAAGUUUGAUAACGAAGAACCAAGGGUAUUUUUCGUUGACAAGUCGUAUUUGCCAUCAAACACACCAAGUGGGCUGAAGAUUUACAGAGAAAAAGAGCUCCAAAUUCUUCGAGGCGAUGGCACCGGAGAACGCAAGACCCACGAAAGGAUCUACGAUUAUGAUGUAUAUAACGAUCUCGGGGAUCCCGACAGCAGCGAGGAUUUAGCUCGGCCGGUGCUCGGCGGCAAGGAACAUCCAUAUCCUCGCCGGUGCAGAACUGGUCGAGCGAGAACCGAGACAGAUCCAUCAUCGGAGUCAAGGAGCCUUAAUGUAUAUGUGCCAAGAGAUGAGGCGUUUUCAGAAGUGAAACAAAUGACAUUCUCGGCUAAAACAUUGUACUCAGUGCUCCAUUCACUGGUACCAUCAAUACAGACUUCUAUAAUCGACAGUGAACUUGGAUUUCCCCACUUCACCGCGAUAGAGACUCUGUUCAAUGAAGGAGUUGAGCUACCAAAGCAAAAAUCUACAGGUUUUUUAAGAAAUAUUAUACCCAGGCUUGUAAAGGCUAUUACAGAUCUUCAAAAGGAUAUCCUGCUUUUUGAGACACCGCAAGUAUAUGACAGAGAUAGGUUUUCUUGGUUCAGGGAUGAAGAAUUCGCACGACAAACUCUAGCUGGUGUAAAUCCAUGCUGCAUUGAGUUAGUAACGGAAUGGCCAUUGAAGAGCAAACUUGACCCUGAGGUAUAUGGACCUGCUGAAUCAGCAAUCACAACGGAACUAGUCGAAAAAGAAAUUGGAGGCUUCACGACUGUUAAGAAGGCAUUGGAAGAGAAGAAACUUUUCAUUUUAGAUUAUCAUGAUUUGUUGUUACCUUAUGUGAAUAAGGUAAGAGAGAUUCAGGGAACUACUAUGUAUGGAUCGAGGACAUUGUUUUUCCUAAUGCCUUCAGGCACAUUGAGGCCAUUAGCCAUUGAGCUAACACGGCCGCCAAUAGAUGGGAAGCCACAAUGGAAGGAAGUAUUCCAGCCGUGUUGGGACGCCACUGGUGUCUGGCUGUGGAGGUUGGCUAAAGCCCAUGUCCUUGCUCACGACUCCGGUAUUCAUCAGUUAGUCAGUCACUGGCUAAGAACUCAUUGUUGUACAGAACCUUACAUAAUUGCAACAAAUCGACAACUAAGUGCGAUGCAUCCGAUUUAUAAACUAUUACAUCCUCACUUGCGAUACACUAUGGAGAUCAACGCUUUAGCUCGUGAGGCCCUUAUUAAUGGAGAUGGAAUCAUUGAGAGGGCAUUCACCCCCCGGAAAUACUCCAUGGAGGUCUGCUCUGCUGUCUACGACCAGCUAUGGCAAUUUGAUCUUCAAGCACUGCCAGCUGAUCUAAUUAGCAGGGGAAUGGCGGUGGAGGAUCCAAAGGCUCCACUUGGCCUGAAACUAACAAUCGAAGAUUAUCCUUAUGCCAACGAUGGUUUACUUAUUUGGGAUGCCAUUAAGAAAUGGGUUACAGACUAUGUCACUUACUACUAUCCCAAAGCAAACCUUGUACAAUCUGACGUUGAACUCCAAGCAUGGUGGACAGAAAUUCGAACAGAAGGCCAUGCAGACAAGAAGGACGAGCCCUGGUGGCCGGUGUUAGAAACUCCGGACGAUCUAAUUGGAAUCAUCACAACCAUUAUUUGGGUAUCUUCAGGACACCAUGCUGCUGUAAACUUUGGUCAAUACGAUUUUGCAGGAUAUUUUCCAAACCGGCCUACCAUUACUAGAACGAAUAUGCCUACGGAAGAUCCAAAAGACUCAGAAAAGGAGGAAUUUCUGAAGAAACCCGAGGAGUUUAUCCUGAAAUGUUUCCCUUCACAAGUUCAAGCAACCAUUGUUAUGGCCAUUUUAGACGUUUUAUCGUCUCAUUCACCCGACGAGGAGUAUCUUGGGGAGAAGAUCCAACCGUACUGGAAAGAUGAUAAGUAUAUAAAUGCUAUAUUUGAACAGUUCACUGGGAGAUUGAAGGAGAUUGAAGGAAUUAUUGAUGCUAGGAAUACUAAUGGGGAUCUGAAGAAUAGAUUCGGAGCCGGAGUAGUUCCAUAUCAGCUUUUGAAGCCAUUUUCUGAAGCAGGUGUAACAGGAAAGGGUGUGCCUAAUAGCAUUUCCAUUUGA